AAACACUAACAAGUUGCUCAGCUGAUCGGUAUGACAAGAUGGUUGGUGUGGGUUUGUGUAGAUUUGGCGUAAAUUACCAUCUAAACUGCUUUUCGAGGCAAUGGAUGGACUCAAACCACAGGAACGAGUCGCAGGAAGUUGUAAUUCAUCGAUAAAUUCAAUAAUUCAAGAUAAAAAAAUUGUUAACAAGAAAGCUAAGUUCGAUUUUGGUGGUUGCGGUGAUUAUUUGGAUCUCUCUUGCCGGAAAAAUAUUUCAAAUGAUAGAACAGGUGACAAAAGUAGUGACAGCACUAACGUCAGCAGCUCGUGCAACGGUCACUUUAGUGGUUUCGAUCCAUCAGCUCACACGUCAGACAAGUCCAACAUUAAUGGCCUUGACAGCAAAAGUACCAAGAUUAGACAGAUUGUUGAAGAUGCCAUUAGCUCAGAAUCAAAGCAAACAGUGGCACACAUUCUAGAACAAGUGCAGAGGUUGUCGACAGCAGAGAAGUUGCUGCUGUAUCUUCAGCUUCCUACGGGGAAAGCAGAAGACGUAGACCCUUUGCGGCAGCCCUUGAACCCUCUCGGAAGUCGUUUUGAAAUUCAGCAGACAAUAACUUGGAUAGAAACUCACCUGGAAGAGGAUCAAGAAGUGUCACUGCCAAAACAGGACGUCUACGAGGAGUACAUCGCGUACUGCGGCAGCAACCACAUGAAGCCCCUGUCGACGGCCGACUUUGGGAAGGUGAUGAAGCAAGUGUUCCCCCGGGUGCGGCCGCGGAGACUCGGCACCCGGGGCAACUCGCGGUACUGCUACUCCGGCCUGCGCAAGAAGGUCAAGCUGAGCGUGCCACUGCUGCCGGAUCUCGGAGGCGAACCCACACCAACAGGCAAGCAGUGCUCGGACGACGAGCUGAGCAAGUGCGUGUCGCACCUGGUCCUCGAGUGGGCGGAGAAGCUGCUGGACCAGAAGUUCGACCGGCUGCAGGACCUGGCGUGCCACCUGCUGCAGAAGAUGUGCUUCGACACGUUCUCUGCGCCCGCGCUCAUGCUCGCUUCCAUCACGGGCCUCGCCAAGCCCAAGGGCAAAGGGGGCAGUGCAUCCAUUUGCGUACCAACGGGAGCGUCGGCUGCAGAUGUAAGUAAGCACAGGGAAACACAGCUGCAGCUGCAGAGGAAGCUGCAUGAACGAUUCGUUAUCAGAGAACAGAAGAGAAAAUUACAGAGUCAGCAGCUUGUCCCAGGAGAGUCGAAGGGUGCAUCGCCAGAGAAGGCCAAGUCGAAAAGAGUGAAACUGAGCGACGGCACGGGAGACCAGGUAAGGGAGGUUGUCGUCCCGAUCCUCACGCCGAAAGUGGAGCCUGAGCUGAGUGGUGGCGGCGGCAGCAGCAGCAGCGUUAUCUGUGAUAAAGUCAAACUAACCGUACCCAGUGCUGCUGCUCCGUCUGAACAGACGGCGAGACCCGAAACCUCAUCCGCCGGUCCGAGCGGAAAUAACUGCAAGCCGGCUCGUGAUAAGAACAUUAGCGAUUCGUUAUCAACCGGUCAGGCUGGCUACCCACAUAAAAUAAGUCAGUGUGAUGAUCACGUUUCAAAAAAUUGUAAAAUUGUAAGCAAAUUAACUUCGGGCAACAGUGAUGGUUUUCUUGGAAAUUUGGACAACAAAACUCACUCAGCUGAUAGUACAAGCACUGCUAAUUCAAUGUCGCAAAAGAGAAGAAAAUCCAGUGAUGAAAGUGUGAGAAAUGCUUCAGUCAGUGUGUUUGUUAAAAAUUCAUUCAACGUGUGUGCAAAUUCUUUGGACUCCGAAUGCGAAGAAAGCUCUCAUUACAGUGUAAACAACCUCUCCAAGGGACAGAAUUCCGCUACGUUUCCCCCACUCCAGGAAGUCAACGCCAACACGGUGUCAUUGUCGCGCAACGGCGAGAAGUGCGCGCAAUUACACGGUGAACUGCCUGUGCCUGCCACCUCAAGCAUCGAUGCCACCAAACCUGCCUCGGUGGCGAAUAAGCUUCCCAUUCCGAGACUUCCCAACCCAAACAAAAACAAACGGCUAGCUAAUGUGAUCAUCUUCCCUCCAUCGACUACGGCAACGAUUCUGCAACAGUCCCAGAAGAAGUGCAAACCCAUACAGCCAAAACCACUAGAGGAAGUAAAGAAGGAAGCCCGGGAUCCGAGUGAGAUGGUUCCAGGAAAAGGACCAGAUGACUUGGCAGCAGCUGUUGUUAACUGUGAUAAAGGAAUUAGUGUAGAUAGGAAUGAAAGUACAAAUCAUUAUUCGACUGAAAUAACCCAAGAAGGUUUUAGUGAUGCUACGGCAAAGACUGCACUCACAAUAGAGGCUGUGAAGAAUGGUACAAAUGAAGAAAGUAUUAGGUGUUUAGCAAAUGAUGCCCUUCUAGCAGAUUACUUUCAUGGAGGAAACAAUUCGCAAGAGCAGGAGGAGGAACUAAUAAAAUACUUUCAACACCAAAACAGUUCCUCAAGUAACGAAGAAGUUGAAGUUUUGAGACAGAAUCUGCAAACGCCGGAGGAGUUACCCAGCCCUGCCAAUAAAUGUGAUCAGCUGUCGCAGCUGCGUUUGCUGCUCGAACGUAAUUUGAAACCCACUCGAUCUCAUAGCACAAGUGUUCAGAAGUCUGCGGAAACAGACAGAGGUAAAAUAAGUUUCUCUGCCCCAUCUUCGGCAGUUUCUGUGAUGCCUUCAUCUGUAAAUCAUGCCAUUUCAACGGAAAGCAGCAUAUCCACCUCGCUCGAGGGUAAUGAACUUGCGAUGAUGGCCUCGAAAAGUUUGUCCCUGCUGUCUCGACGUAACCAGCAGCACAGUCGCGCCGGUGGCAAGCCAAACCUCACACUGCCAUCUUUGAUGACGACCAGCCACAACUCUAACUUGGCCACCAGACGUCGAGUCAGUUUCGAAACGUCGGUGAUGGAACGUGCCGUGCCCCAGAGCCCCAACACUCGUAGUUUCACUCCCAUAUCUCCGGGACCGUACUCUCCGGUCGGAAUCUCGAAAAACUCGAAAUCAUUCAGUGCUAACGCCAGUCCUUUCGUGUCGCCACGCAACACGCCGGUACUUCGCUCCAGGCACAACUGCAUUCAAGCAGGUAGCUCACAGCCCUGUUCUUACGUCGUCGCUUCAAACGGGCCUAGGUGCAGGCAGCCUGUUCCCGCCAGGAUUGUCCGCUCCAACUCGGUGAACAGCCACAACAUAUCCACCGCGUACAGGCUGGCCCGGCCACAAGCCAAUACCUUCGCCAUCCCUGGCAGCUUCCCGUUGGAGACUUCGGAGCUCAAACAGAACCUGCCUGCGUCUCUAAAAGCAUUACCCCCGAUGUCGCCCCUGUCGUUAUCUGCCCCGCAGUCGCCGAUGUUAAACUACCAACAUACAAAUAUUGGGAUUUGUAAAAGUGAGAGCGACAUGGUCUCGACGUACAGCGAAAGCUUGUUGAAGGAAGCGGUAAAGGGUGGUCACAUUCCGCAGAGCAGUGGUGUGACGAACUGCAACGGUGUUGGCGUCGCUCCAUCGUACGGCAUGGAUCCGCUAGCCCAAGAAGUCAGUCAGAUCUUCCAGGACGCCGGUUCGGACCAGAAAAACAUAGAGGCGCUGUUGGCUGCCCUGCCCAGCUCGUCCCAAAUGUCGUACCGCUCCCAGUCCGUGCCGCUGCACAGGAUGAUGUCCGGCAGCACGCUCGUGUCGCCCCAGUCGACCCAGCCUUCCCCGCUGUACCUGGGACACCAGCAAGCGUUCACCUUCAGCAGCGUGAGUUCUACCGCCAGCUCUGUCGCCCCGACCCCGGUCCCGAGCGAGUUCAUGGACUUCACGGGCCUGGGUGAACCCGAGGCCGAAAACGAAGAAACGGAAGGCAUCAACACUGAGAGUUUGGCGCAGAUUCUGAACAUCCUGAACAGCUCUGCGGUGCAGAAGGUGGUUGAUAAUGCCAGUCUCGCGAUAGGCAUCGGUGAAGGAGACGCGGAAAGCAAUAACUUUGCACUGAAUGGCCAUCACAGAAAUUCUUACUCUUCGAGAUCCUACCCCAACACACCUGUUCCCUACAAAAAUUCCUGUAACCGUGACCUUUUAGUUUCGUCUUUCAAUUUAAAUCUGGAUGACAACUUCGGCACGGUGUCUCGUUCGUAUCCCUCGACUCCUUUGUUAGGAUUAUCUUUCUUGAACGGUGAUGAGAUGGGGCCUUUUCAGAGUGUAACCGAGAGCAUGACGCCAAGUCUGGUAAACACGCAGCACGUUCAGGAAGGACUUACCAGCAGUUCAGCAAGGCGAAACGUCAACUUGAUGCCCUCCUUUUGUGUUGACGAACUGCAGUUGGAUAGCCUGGAUGACUUCCAGUCGUGUGAUCCGUUGUCGCAGCUGGUGCAAGAAGUUCAAGAUGGUGAACAGAUGGGCGCGGGUUGAUCGCCGAUGUCUGCUCGCAAGGCUGCAGGCUUUGAGUGUAACCUAUUGUACAUAAGAUAAUCAACAGCUGCAGGCCUAAAUUCCUUACUUUUGUCAUUGACUAUGACAUAAUUUGUAUUUUUACAAUGGGUUUCGAUUGUGAUAGAUAUUUUAUAAAAAUUAAUAUUUUGUCUAUUAGAUUAGUUGUACUCUUUGCAGGUUGUAUGUAAUGAACUACUGUGUCUGAAAACAUGGUCCACAAAUAAUUACAUAACCAACAAUAUUUGAAGGAAACAAGUUUAUUGGCUUGUAUGUUUUAAUGGAAAACACAAAUAUUUGUCCAAAUGUGUCAUAUUUUUAUUGAAUGAAAUUUUUUUAUUAUGUGAAUUCCCAUUGUUUUUAUGAAGAAGGAAUCUUUUAAAACCUUUAUCUUGCAUUUAUGUUUAAUAAAAGGUUAGGAUUUAAUUUUUGUCUGUUUGUAUGAAUACUGUUGGAAAAUGUUUGAUUUGAAAGACACAUAUGUAUAUAUUUUUUCAUUGCAAUUUCAAUUUCUUUAUAUAUAUACAUAUUUUUUAAAUAUUUCGUUUUAAGUCAUAUAUUCUGAAGUUCUCAAAUCAAAAUUCAGUUGUUGAAUGAAAUUAAUGAAUUGUCUGCUAGUUAUUUUAACUUGUGUUGGGAUGUGUUGCUUACAGUGUAACACCUAUGUAAUUUAUAUAAAAAAUUUUACAUCUUCAAUUUUGGGGAUUUUUUGUCAUGCAUGUCAUGUGAAUGAUUGAAAACUAACGUAUGUACUGUUCAUUUUUGUCUAUAUUUCAAAAUAAGUUUUGGAUAACCAUACUAUGCUACUUUAAAUGUGCAAGAGCAACAAGUCAAUUAAUUGAGAAUUCUAACAUGCUAAUAUAAAUUAUUUUAGUAAAUUUACAUUUUAAAUUCUGUUGUUUUCUUGACAGAUAUGCACGAGUAGUUUAUAACCAAUUUGAUGCUGACCAUAAUGUGUCGAAACUGCAAAACUUUUACUUUACUCAAUAUUAUUUGGAACAGCAGUUUUCUUUCUUUGGUUCUCUAUUUAUCAACAUAAUUUUAUUGAAGUAUUAAUUUUUAAACGCUUCCUGAAAGAGAAUAAUUCACAAACAGCGACUUCUGCUCAACCUUGAAAUAGUUUUAUAAACUGUUCAGAUUGAGAAACAAAAUAUUUUAACUAGCUCAUGGAAAACUUGUAAUCUGAGAGUGUUUUAACUAUUGAAUUAUUGUGUGGUAAUGUGAUUAAAAAUUUUCAUACAUGGGAAAUCCAAUCAUUUCAGAUGUAAGUUACAGAUACAGAUGUACUGUAUUUCAAACUUUUUUGUUUCAAAAAUAUUACUGCUUGUGUUUAAUUAUUUGUAACUUUUCAAUACAGAGCUUUAUAUGUUACUAGAGUGAUUAUCUGCUAAUGGAUGAUGCCAAGUUCUACGUAAACAGAUAGUUGGAGUUAAAAUGCCAUUGUUUAGAAAAUUGCCAAUUUUGACUUACUGCAUACCAUACUCAGUUGUGGGCAUAGUUAAAUUUAUAUACCUGACCAUGUGUCAUAUAUGUUUGGUUUGCAGGAGUAAGCUUAUAACUGUUUAGUUUUCUGGCAAUCCAAUUUAAAACAUUUUAUUGUUCUUUUGAUGCAGUAAAACCUCAUAAACACAAGAAGCCAUAAUUGUGGCUCAAAACCCUACUAAGCAAAUGAGUUUUGUAGUAACCAAAUUUUUGCACACUUUAUCUGGAGUAAACACUUUUCGUAAACAUUUUUUUUCUGUCCUUACAAUUAACUAAGCAUAUCUACUUACUCUCCACUCGCAACAAUAUAUUGUAGCACAGUUUUGUCCAUUUCAUCAGUCUUUGAAAAUCUUUUGUAUAAAUGUUUAUGAGGUUGUGGUACAGGUAUCUCUUUAACAUUUCCUAAACUGUUGGCAUAUAAAUCUGAAGUAUGUGUAACAAAAAAUUUUUCAUUUGUGUUUAAUUUAUUAACCCAAUUUUCCUAGUAAUGUGUAUGCUUAAAUGGUUUGAAGAUUCAUGUGUAACUAUUUUUAUUAGCUUUAUUCGAAAAAAUUACAGGGUCAAGAGUUUAAUAUUUUUGUAGCUGUUGUUGCAAGUUGUAUCGUGUUAGAUAACCGAAGAUGUAUCAUUUUAUACUAAAAGUCGGUAGCUCUACAGAGUUUUUUCUGCUUUUUGGUUAUUUAUUAGGAUCCAAAAAAAAAUGAGUAUUAGUUUACUUUGAAAAUUGUUUUUUCUUAUCCCCUGAGUUUAUCAAUUCAGGAGGUAAGCCCUAUUUUCAAGUUGAAUUGCAUGACUUACCUCAUCGUCUUUUAUCCCAUUUUUCUCUUUCGGUAUUGAUGCUCAAGGCUUUUUUCACACAAUCAAAUUUUUAUUGAGUUCAGUACUAUCAAAUUCAAGGACAAUAAUAAAUUAAAGUAUAAAUUUAAAUGCAUUUCCUGCAUUUUUCAAGUGGUUGAACUAUUUCAGUAGUCUAAACAUGUUUUAAAUAAACAUUUAUUUCCCUUCUGAAGUGGAAUUAUUCUUUUUAAAUAACGGAGGUUAAAAAUGCUUUGAAACAGUGUCGCACACAAGUUAAUUUAUUGAUGGGGUAUCUCAGUGUCUCGGUGGCAGAGUGGUUAGAACACUCGCCCUCGACACAAGGCAAGUGGAAGAUGUGGUGGAUGUUGCUGUGGCCGGUGGGUUUUCUCUGGGUACUCCCGUUUCUCACACCAGUUCAUUCUGUCGCUGCUCCAUCUUGUCUUGCCUCGUGCAUUCUCCAGGCUGGCUGGAACGACAGGUCUGUCCCUCGGGUAGGGCAGCCGGCUCCUGUGAGUCAGCCCCGUUACAUCCAUGCAGACCCUGCCUUAGGCAGGAAACUACAUGUCAAUUUUCAUUUCUUCAAUACCUGUCUGACAUUAUACUGUCCCUAUCUUUGUCAGUUGUUUUUCAUUAUCAUUAUCCCUAUGUCCACAAGUGUAUAGUCAGGAAUAGUUUGAUAAGUACAAUAUCUUAAAAGAGUAUGAAAUCGGAUGAAAAUGAAGUCUGUGAUUUAGUUUAUUUAUUAUUUUUUUAUUUUUUUUUAAUUGACCCAACACUAAAUAAAUUCAUGAUGUUACAAGUUCUAAUUUUAGCAUUAAGUUUGUAAAUAUUGAGUAUGCUAUGUUCAAACCAGACUGAAGUACAUUGUAUUUUCAGUAAAUGUGUCAUUUUGUGCAACACUAAAAACUUGUUUUAACAUUAGUUUCGUGUUGUGUGCUUUAAUGAAGGAAAUAAUUUGUGGUUCCAUAAUUUAAAUAUUGUACCAUCUGUGCUUAAACAAAAAAAAAAUAUUGUUGAUAACAUAUAAAAAUAAUUUAUUUUGAAUUUAAAGUGGAAAACAAAAUUACUGAAAACCUCUGUAGGUAACUGUACUUAAUAAUAAUGCUACUGUUGAGUCUCCAAAUUAAGUUUUUUUUUCCCCGUACGUUCAUGAAAAUGACAAAUUUUUAUUCAUUUUACUUUUUAAGCUCAUUCAACAGAUUUUUUUUAGGUUAUUAAGAAUAUAAGCAAAGAGUGAAUUUUCACUUGUAAUUAUUGAGUUAUGUGUUUCUGCAAUAAGUUGCUCACUAAUCUAAAGCAUAGAUUAUUUUUCCUUUGGAUGAAUUCAUUGUUUGUAGUCCGUUUAAGAAUAUUCUGACAAAGAGCAUAUUUCCUUUGUGUUCAUUUGGCUAUCUCUUUCUGAAAGAGAGAAUAUAACACAGGAUGUCCAUAAGAGAAUGGCCCAGUUUCAGUGGUAUAUAAUAACAGUUUAACUUACAACAAAUCAUAUAUUAAAUUGAAGGUAAACUAACGUAGUUUUUCUUACAAAUGUUCAAUAUGUUCACCUUGAGUUAUACGACACACAUCCAACCUAAAGUUCAAUUCUUCACACACUUUGGUUAAUGAGUCCGGAGUAAUGGAAGCAAUAGCCUCUUCAAUUCUGUCUCAACUCUGGCAAAUUGUUAGGUAGGGGUGGAACACAGACACAAUCUUUUAUAAAGCCCCAACGAUUACGACCAAUCCGACGUUCAACCACUCUCGUACGAAGGGAUUCCAAUGGGGAGGGGCUCCAUCCUGAAAUUACAGAUUCACUCUUAGCAAAUUGUAGAACACAACAUUUUUUACCCUCAGGAUUCGCCAUUUCACGUAAGUGGUGCUGCAAGCGAGAAAGCAACAAAGCAGUACUCUUGCAUGCACAUAUCUGAAACUCUUUUGUGACCUUGAACCAAAACUAUACAGUACGUACAGUUGAUAAUAUUUAAUUUUAUAACUAGGAUAUUCUUUUAUGAACAUUUUGUGUUGCCAACCUUCAUAAUUCUGCCUUAAUUUUUAGGCAAAUGUUCAGAGGUAACUCUUGUAUUGCAGAUUAGUAUUUUGUUAGAAUUUCACCAUGUCACCAUAAUGAUUUCGCAGAAAGCAGCGCUAUUAUUCACAGAGAUAGAAUGAAAUUAAAACCAGUUAUAAAAUUCCAUAAUGGUUCUGCAAAUGCAGUCUGUCUACAUAGUCCAUCAGAAUGCAUGUUUUUUUUCUGGAAUCACAAUAGUAUGACGGGUGUAACACAAUGGGCAUGACGAAAAUAAAAUAAUUUUCCAAUUAUCACACUUGACACAAUUUGAUGCCAGUUAGAAAAAAUUCUUGGAGGUGACAAAUUACGUUUCAUCAUAAGCGUAAAGUUAUUGAAAUGAGCAUUAGAAUUUGGUUUUUCAAUUAUAUUUGGUGCAUUAGUCAUGAAUUUUUGAGGUUUUGUUUUCUAAAUAUUUCAAUAUGUUCACAUAUAAUUAUUUUUCUUUAUAAAUUAUAAUUUUGAUUACAGCACCAUUAAAAAAACUAUUAAAUAUUGAUGGCUGUCAUAUUUGCAGCGCAAUUGUUAUAGCGAGAAACCUUUUAUUGCGGUUCAUUGUGCAGUUAAAAAAAAUCACAUUUUCAUAAUAAUGCAAUGUUUUACUGUUACACUAUUGUGAUUCCAGCAUUACUACUGAGGGUGUGUAACGCUGUUUGUAUGUUAUCUUGUCAUCACGUUUAUUAUUUAUUUACCGUAACAUGCCUACCUUUUAAUAUGAAAGUUCCAUUACCUUAACAUUUUCUUGUAGAGAGUAUUAACACUAUUGUAUUAGGUGUGCAUACACAUCCAAUGCAUGGCCAUGUUUUAUUUUUAAACAUUUCUUAUCGGCACUUCUGAAUAAAUUCAAACCAUAAUACUUUUACGUGUUUAAAUUAAGUUUCGCCUAAAAUAGGGCCCGUGGAAAUAUUUGGUUGAUUUUAAACUAAAGGUUAUUAAUGUUUCAAAAAAUGUACACUAAACAUCUUUCUCCCCUGGUUUACUUGAAUGUGGAUUUUGGACAUAGUUUUUAAUUUUUGUUCUUAAAAUUUUCACCGUAUGAAGUUUAGUGAAUGAUAUUAAGUAUAUGGUUACAAAAAGGUUUUACAUAAUCCAGUUUGUGGAAAGCUUCAUUUUAACUAAUUUGUUGUUGUGUAGAUAUUUUUACAGCAAUUUGAUUCUAAAUAAACAAUAACUUAACACUGUGACCUAGCAAAUACUUACAAGACAAGAUAUCAAGGAAACUGCAGCAUGCAACAGCUGAAGUAAACAUGAGUACUGAUAGACUAAAUGCUUGGGCUUGCAUUUAUGUGAGUUAAUAAUUUACUGUUUGUUAUGUUAAUUAAUGUACUAUUUUCCAUUUUAUUCCCACUGCAAAAAUAAAUUAAAGGUAUUACCAUAACUGAAGUACCCUCAAAGUACAUAUACAUUGUAAAAAUAAUAUUCUAAAAGAGUAGCAAGUUAUUAAGUAAGCAAGUGAAUUUUUAUUUUUAUGUUAUCAAAAUAUUAUUCCUUAAGUGUCCACAUUAAAAGGGUAAUUUACUGUGUGUAAAUAUAGUGGGUUGUUGAACUAUUUAUUUUGGAAUGCAUUCUCUUUCAUGUUAAUAUGUACCAUCAAGUAGGUUAUAAUUAUUUGUUAAAUUUUGUUUUGUGUUAAUUAAAAGGUACAAUCACAAUCAUGAAGUUGGUCACAGUAUAACUAGAAUGUCAAAUGAGGAGUAUGAAAGAAGUUUUGUUAACUUGCUGUGUUGAAAUUUUACAGUAAAAACCAACUUAUUUCAUGCGGGAAUGGUAGAGUUAAUUUUGAGUGAAACAAUUCUCUGAAUUUUAUAAUUGUGCAAUUCUUCAAAAUACACUUGUCAAGAGGUUUUGAUUCUAUUGUAUUAAGUGAAUAUAGUAUAAUUAACUCAGGUUUGUUUUCCAAGAUUAUGCAUUGUUAGUAUUGUGUAGAGCCUUCUUUGAAGUACAUAAUGAAGACAGAUAAGGAGAGAACUAGGAAAUAUGUAGGUAUCAAUUGGGGAAAGCAAAAAAUAAUAAUGAUGUAAUGAAAUACAAAUGACAGAAAAAAGUAACCUGAUUAAAUUUCAGAAUAUUGACCAUUUUGUUUGAAGUUAUGACCUAUUUAAUGUCUUUUCCUUUUUUCUAAACUAAACAAUCCAUUCUCCUUUCAAGCAUAAAGGAAAAUAAACAGAGACCUUCUUACGGGCCUCUCUUCAUUAAAUUGCUGGAUAUUGUAAACACAAAUAGUAUUUGACUUUGCCAUUGCUGUAAUAAUCAUAGUAGAUGUUGUAGUUCUAGUAUCACAGGUCUUAGUUUUGGCCAAGCUUUUGAUUUGCAAGUGUGAGCUGCGGCACUGUGAUAAGAUUCUACUUCAGUGGAGUUGCAAAAAUGGGGUCGACUGCGAUGGAUUCUUGUGCCAUGCAUCGGUUUGGUUGAUGUCAACCGGUUUUGGUUUUUAUACUUGCCGAAAACAUUUUUUAUGACAUUCGAUUGUAGGCCAACAAUAUGGUCCAAAAAGUGUGAUAUUUUGCUGUAAAGGUUACAGUGUGGUGUGUAGUUGUCAACAUGCCUAAUUUUAGUAUCUAGUAUGUUUUAUACAACACGUAAUUUCAUAAAGAUAACCACUAAAUUUUUAUCUGUAGAAAUAGGUAGACUUGCAUUCAUGACAUAGCUUGUGUGUAAACAUAUUUCAGAUAUAAGCAUGUUGAUUAAAAGAACUUUUUUUUUUCUUUGCCACAGCUUGUAUUACUACUUUAGUUAAGAUACGUGUUGAUUCUAAGGCAUCAAGAGCUAAUUUUAUACAGUAAUUGUAAACUAAUUAAGAAUUGGCUAUAUCAACAUGUAAUCAUACAAUUAUGUAUUUCAUCUGAGUGAUUUUUUUUUUUUUUUAAAUUGUUAACCUGCUUGUAUUUUAUUAUGUGAUGUAGAAAGUAAGUGUCUAGUCAGAAUAAUUCUUUCUUCGAGGUGUAUGCAAAACUUUUUAUUUUGUGUGCUGUAAGAAGCUUUGUGGGUGCUAGAUUUUCGCUGUUUAAGGACUAUUUUUAGAGUGAAGGCAUUACAUUUAUUUUAUAUUCCACAGAUAAAAAUAUAUUAUAUAUACACAUGGAAAGUAUCUGUGUGUGAAUGCCUGCCAUUUGAGUUGUAGCUGUUCCAAGAAAAGUUAAUAUAAAGUGGAUGAUAUAUUGUUACUUGUGUGAUUUUUUUUUUUCUGCCAAACAUUUAAAUAUUAUCAAUUUCAACACUGAACUCACUGCCUCACUUGCAUUGAGAAACAUUGAAACCAGCAAAAACCUGCCAGUUUGAUUUAUAAUAUUGUUACGGGGCCACUCGUGGCGGCACCUCUUAAUACGGGGGCCGUAGUCUCUGAUAGUUACUGAUUGAAUUGUAAUGCGUGCUCGGGUUUUAUGGGCGCCACCGUGCCACGUGCACGGACCGAUGUGAGACUCUUUCUCAGGGUCGUGACGUCGCGAUUUUAAUUUCCCCCUGAAUACACCUAGCACGAAUCCCUGGCCGCUCUCAGCGUCGGGCACGCUAUUAUUUACGCAGUGGGCUCUCAGGCGUCCCACUCCACGUGGUCGAACAGAUAUAGAUAAGAAAUUAAUACAUUAGAUUUACACACCUGAUUUAUUCUGCGAAUGCAACUUACACGAUUGAAACUGUUUAAAACGCCCGCGGCACGAAUUGGUUUAGGUGCGAAGACCCCCACGUGGUCACAUCUUACAAAAGAGAAAAGACUGUUGCUGGUCGUAAAACAAUUAGUUAUACAGUCCCCCGACCGAGAGGAGCUCCGAGGACGAAAAGAAAACGAUUUAUACGGAAUUAAAUUGAAACAGAAUUACUUGGCGGUGAAACAAGCGGUGAGGUCCCCGGAGUGCUGGCACGUCUACUCUCGGUCGUUGAUGGCGGCGAACUGCGCUGAGAUCAUGGCGUCCUCCCGCCGAAACAAUUGCGAAUUCGUGCCACGGGAAACUAAAUUAAAAUGACAAGAAUGCAUUAAAAAUUAUGUGACAAUUUAUGAAUAAAAAGAAAAGAUUGUUCAAAUUAUAAUUAUUAAGAUUUAAAUUUAAUUAUUGUCUGGCUUCGGGUUUCCUCGGGAAUGUCCGGAAACGCUAUGAUAUUUUAAAUUAAAAGUACAUAAAACCCUCCCGGCCGAUCUGCCGUCACGUUGCACUUAGGGAAUAUAAAAACAAACAACACAAUUAUAUAUACUUAUGUUUUUAGGGGUGCGGCGCACUGGCUCGACAGCGCCCUCUUGCCGGGCGAACACACACUCACACGUACGCACGGGUAGGCGGGAGGUUUGAAUGGAGGGUGGAUGGUGUUUGGGCGGUGGCAUAUCGGACUUGAAAGGGGCCGCAGACCCGGACGAUGUCAAUAUGUUACAUUGAAUUACCAUCAUUAGAUUUUCUUUAUAAAAGUUCUUAGCUGUUUCAAAAUUCAAAGAAACAAUCAUGCAAACAACUCUCGAAGUGGUUUCCACCAUUUUUGCCGAAUGUCAGAUAUUGAGCCUUGCAUUUUCUCUCGGUACCACCUGCUAUUUCUUAUCACACCCCGAAUACCGGUUGGUCACGUCUUUCUACAAAGUGUAAGUAGAUGAUAAACUUCAAAAUAGAAUCAGAAGUGUCAUGCUUAUGAAUGCAGAAAAAAAUUAUCUAUUAAUUGUUUCAAAUGUAACUUUAUCAGAACCGUGUACAAUGUCUGCUGCAGUAACUUGUGACAUAGCUUUUACUUAAGUUAAAACAAUAUUGCCAACCAGUUUAUCUUCCUUGCCACGGUUCACAUUACACUGUAAGAGUUCUGAAGCAGGGUCUCUUCGUUCGUAGGCAGCCCCAGUUCGGAUAGAAACAUCGCAGAAGCCUUUUGGUCCCCUCUGUAUUUGUCAAGUUGGCAGCAUUGGGUGAAGGACUGAGCAAUGAACCCGUGAGAGUUAUUGUUUUUGAGAAAAGUUUUAUUAAAUUUCUUUCCUAGUGUCCCCUUCAUACUUCUUUCCUGCAUUAGAAAGUACACAUCUUUACAUAUUUUUAAAAAAAUUACACUACUGUAUUUCCCCAACCAAGUAAACUAGAGAAUUUUGGAUAGCCAAAAUAUUGGUUAUAACAAUAUAAUUUAGGUGACAAAAGUACAGUAUUAUUUUUAUAAAUAACUGUUUUAAUUUUUUCAAAUUAUAAUACCAAUUUUCAAUAUUGGUAUUUAUUUAAAGUCAGUAUGUACACAAAUGAUUUUGAAUACAGGGAAGACUGCAAAGAAAAUAACUUCAAAACAUGAAUAUUUUUUUAUUAAGUACCCAUGAAUUUGCCGGUUGAAGUUUCAUUGGAAUAGCAUUGACUCUUUUACCAGUAAGAAUUCUGUCCUUAUAGGUAAGUUUAUUUAAAUCCCAAAAUAUGGGUCUGAAUUUUCCAGCCCAUAUUUUUCUAAAAAAAAAAUUCAAAUAUAUGUCAACAUAUAUACUGAUUAAAUUAAUGGUUCCACCGAGAUAGGAAUACUGUUUAAAUUGUGUGUCGCUCUGAAUUAAUUUUUAGUUUGUUACAGUUUAUUAAAAAAGGGUACGUACCUACAUUGAAAUACCAUUUUAGUAUUUGGUUGGCAUAAAAAACAAAAUUUUAUGUUUUUAUUUCUAUAGAAGUAAUGUGAAAAUUGCAUUAUUUAGGCAGGAAGUUUGUUUAGUACAAAAAAACUUGGAACCGGGAUGAAAGAAGAAUCACUGUUUUAAUUCCCUUCGUAGGAAGAAACAUUCAGUGGUAUAAUUAAAAUGAAUUGUAAGUGCACGGGCAGCUAUUAAAUUGUGCAGCUUUUUAUUGUGUUUAAUUUCCGCUGAUAUUCUGAAUAAAGUAAUUAACACUGUAGGUUUGGUAAUUGAGUAAGUUAAAAUUACUGAACAUUUUACCACGUAGGUGCAUUCAGCUGACAUGAGAUAAUUGCAGAUACGAACAAAAAUUAGCUACAAGUGUGAUGGGACUUUUUUUUCCAUUGUUGGUAUUGAAACUGUACUAGUUUAAAAGUAAGGUUUGUCACAGUUAAAAUGGCAUCAUGUGAUGUUUCAUAAUAAAACAUUAGUCAUGCAGAUACGAUUAAAGAUGAUUGUUUAAAUUACAAUAAAAUCCAACAGUGGCACCAUGUGUAUCAGUUUUAAUUUAACUGUUAUUUUAGCACGUGCUGUCGCUCGGAAUAAUUCCUUAACAGCUAAGUGAGAAGUGCUUAAUGUAAGAACAUAGAAAAACAUGAAUGUGAACAUAUAUUAGCACCCUGCGCUCACUGUUUACAAAAAUAGAAAGGUAAUGUUUAUACGGGUAAGUGGCAGAUGAUGAAUAAACAGUAGUAUCUGUGCGACCGAGUACAAUGCGAGUCAAGAUAACAGGUGUACAGCUGUGUAAAUUAACACGCACACUUACCAAAUAGCAUGGUGCCCAUGCUGACACUGGCAAAACUGUUUAAAAACAAUUUGCAGCUGUUUGUGUUUUUUUUUUUAAGUUGAGUGCCUAGCAGGUAAUCAAUUUCACAUGCAUGACUCAUGAGCUUGCUUGUGUAUUACUGAUAUAAGUCCCCCAUACACUUUAUCCAUUCGAAUAUUGAAUGCCGCUGGUGUGGAACGAAACAGGAAAAUACUGAUGUUUUUCCAUGAACCACACUUAAUUCUUGGGCCUUCAGUUAAGUAGGUACUGUGUGAAGAAUAAACAACAAGAUUGUUAUUUUUUAACAAAUUUACCAAGGGUUUUAUAUUUUCUGUGUAAUAUGUAUGUGACCUUUGUGGUUUUGGUGAAUGGCUGCAUAUGUGAAAAUGUAAUUCAGUUGUUAAUGAUAUACUAUAGUAAUGUGAUAAAGAUGUAACUAAAUCGAAUUAACAAGUGUAGAUCUGCUUUUUACAACCUUAACCAUUUGUAUCAUUAUAUAAAAUAUGUUAUAACAACCACCAUGCCCAUUAAAAAAUUUUUGUAUGUCAACUUUUAAUAGUGUACUGAAAUUAAAGUAAUGUAAUUAUAAUAGAAUAUAUAAUAUUUUAUAUGUAUAUAAAAACAUUUACUAUAACUGUCUGUGAAGACAGGAAGAAUGUGAAUAAAGGUUAAUGUUAAGUUAAAAAUCAAUGAUCUCUUGUUACAGCAGGCAUGUCAAAACCUGUUUUACCGUUUGAAACAUUAAUGUGUAAUCCACUGUACAUGUUGAAUGCUGAAGUUGUGAAUGUCUGAUGCCAUGUCCAGAUGCACUAACCGUGGCGUUCAAGAAUUUUUUGGGCGGGGGAUGGUUUGUGGAAUAUGUAUCAGUAAUUCAUCGCCAAGUUCAGGCACUGUGUUAUCUCCUAACAGAUUUUGUUCGCAGAAGGAUUUUAAAAAUAUCUGGAUACUAGUUCAAUGGGAAAAAUAAAAAGGGAUUUAAAACCUAAAUUUAAUAUUAUCUAUUUAAGUACACAUGUGUUUAUUAAAGCAAAAUAACUAAAAACAAUAUUUUAAGAUAAUAAAUUGUUAAAGUAACAUAACCAAAAUUUGAGGUAUGUUGUUAAGUUGCCUAAAAUUUGCAACAGGAUAAGAAAAUUAUAAUAUUGAGCUUGGUAUUCUUCACAUGAAUGUGGGAUUAAUUGCUGAUUGAAGAAAAGAGUUCUGAAGCUUCAAUUUAUUCUACACUAAAAAAAUUAUAGUGCACUGUUUCAGAAAAGUUUUUCAAACAUACGCCAAUAAUAAAUGAACCGCCGCCAGCAAAUGUCAGUUGAGGAACGUGAGUUGUGUAGAAGCAGCAGUUGGACUAGAUGAACGGAAGCUGGGGAAGAGAGGCAGAUGUUAAAAAACGGGGAAGGAAAGUUGUGGGCGACAUUCAAUCCGAAAGCGUGGUUCGUACCCUCAAAAAUUAAGGACUUCUUUAUUUCAUUGAAUUUUCCACUAUUAAUUGGAAGAACUAUUCGUAAUAUCACAAAAACGCUCAAGAAAAUAACAAUGUCAAAUAGUUAAUGCUCAAAAAUAAUUUCCUCAGUUAGUUCAAUUCCUAUAGAUAAGCCAAAAUUUUAAGCCUUAACGUUUAAUUUUAUCGCAUUUACAUUAGCUGUAAGUUUAAAGUAAGACAAAAUAGAACACAUGUUUUCAGUUUAAAGGUGAGAUACAAAAUACAAAUAAUGAAAUCAGAAUGGUUUUUAUACAUAAAAUCUAAUCACGGUGGCCCAAAAUUCGUCAAUUGAACUGCGUAUGCGCAAAUCGUUGUUUUCUGCCAAGUCUGAAACAAAAUAACUUACAUGCUGACAGACUUCAGUUCAAUAAUGGGCCUUACAUUUCACUGAGAUUCCUUAAAGAUAAGGAUAUUAAGGCAGCUACAAACCCUGGAAAGGAACCCUGAGUGAGAAAAGUUGCAAUAGAGAAGUCGUAAAGUUCAAGGUAGGAAGAGGAACUGACGUGUGGGAGACGGGAAGAUGAGUUGUGCAAAUUGGGGGAAUGGGACAUUUAGUGCAUUUACACUGACCUGCAGGGUGAAGUCCAAAGUACAUUGAAAGGUCUUUAAAUCCGUCCUCUGGCAUACAAUUGAGUCACUCAGGUGGAAUAGUGUUUUGACAUUCGCUGCCAUUUUCAACUCAGUACAGAUUUUUCUGUUCUCUAGCAAUAACACUUUACUGACACAUUUCCAUAUUUUGUUUUUUUAAAAAAGCCAAUGCUCAUGUAUUUUUUUUCAUUCAGUAUAGGUGCUCAAUAUAACUGUACUCUAUAUAUUAAUUUAUCUUGGAACAAAAUAUAUUGGGUAAACCGGAACAGUCUUGCAUAAAAGAGUAUUUACUGUACUGUGCACACAGAGGCCGAUAUAAUUUGCUUAUUGACGACAUCUUGACUGGGUCAUCUGCGAUUUGCCACCUCCUCUCGACAUAGGUUACUGGUGUUUUAGGCCCAUCGUGACCUGGUCGCUAGAUAUUACAACUGAGGGGAAAGGAAUCUAUGGAGUAAAGGUAGCAGUUUUCCAAAGUAUGAAAUCAUGCUAACGAAUAAGGGGAAAAAAAUCUUCGAAAGCAAGCAUUGCACAUCAACAAUUUCCAAGGUAGCUGAGGUAAUACAGUUGCAUUGUUGUUUACUCGAAAAACUGGGACUACCAUAGACAGCUGGUAAAUUUAAAUAGGAUUUUGUGCCAUCUAGGUCAUUUAAAAAAUAAUAACUCAAUAAUUUUAGCAAAAAUUGCAUGUCAAAAUUACAUGUUCUAUAUGAUGAUCUCUGAAGUUCAAACAUUUAAUAUAAAAAACCUGAUUAAAAUUGCUACAUAAUUAAUUAUUUUAUUAAAUGCUUUCAGUGUUUUAAAAAUUAUGAUCUUGCAAUGACAGUAAAACCAGACUCAUUCAAUCAUUCUGAAUACAAACGUAAUACAUUUGUGUUCGCAAAGCCAAAGAUCCAGGUCAGUCAUUACACACGUAAAGUUUCUGGGCAUGGCAAGUAAACAUUUCAUAAAGUACAAAAUUGUCUUAUUGUUUGUUAUCCUAAUUUUAAUUGGAUUUUUAUUAUAGUUUUACUUUCUUUGUGCUUACUGAACUGUGAGCUACAUAGUGUAUAAUGUUAAUAAUUGAAUAUAUAUUUAUAUAUGUGGAUACCACUAAAUAAAUACAUGUGAAUAUAUUGACUUAGUGCUUGAAA